GUCAAUUUACUCACUGUUAUUUACAUUUUAUUCCUCAAUGAGCGAACACAUAACAAAAAAAAACAAGUGAAUUAAAGUUACUACAAAAUAAAUGAAUAAAUAAAAAAUAAACAACAAUUAAUAAAGCAAGAAAUUGCGAAAGUUAACGUGUGUCUAUAAAAAAAACACAUUCAGCUAACAUAUUGUUAAAGAAAAAAUCAACGAAGAAGACAAAGCAAAUAAAGUAAUCAGGAAUACGAUAAAGUUGAUAGAUAAUUAGUUUUAUUUAUUAAUUGUUUUAUAAUAUGAGUUCAAACACCAAAGAUACGCCCUCAGCAGCUGAGGAGGGAAAUGAUAAAGCAACUAUAAUCAAGUCUUCAUUGGCGACACAAUUGGCUACCUAUCGUGUGUAUGUGGUUACCUGGAAUGUGGGCAGUAGAUUUCCAGACAAUAUUUCAUUACGCAAUUUGUUGGGUCUAAAUUCUGUUGUGGAGGAUCACCACUUACCCGAUAUUUAUGCUCUGGGCUUGCAAGAAGUCAAUGCUCAGCCGCAACAACAGGUAUUGGGUCUAUUUAAAGAAGACCCUUGGACGGCCAAAGCAAAACACAUGCUAAAGGAUUUUGAUAAUGUUGCAGUAAAAACAGAACAAAUGCAAGGCUUGUUAUUAACCAUGUUUGUACGACGAGUUCAUGUGGCUCAUUUGCGUGAUAUUGAAGCUGAGUUUACCCGUACUGGUUUUGGCGGCAUUUGGGGCAACAAGGGUGCUGUUAGUAUACGUUUCAACAUGUAUGGCUGCGGCAUAACCUUUAUUGUGGCACAUUUGGCAGCUCACGAUCAUCACUUAGAUGAGCGCAUUGAGGAUUUCAAGCAAAUUAUGGAUAACCACCAUUACCAUGUACCCCGAUUUAGAGAAAUUCUUGAUCACGAUUAUGUUUUUUGGUUCGGUGAUUUAAAUUUCCGUUUAAUGGGCGAUGACAAGGCUCAGGAAGUGUGUGAUAAGGUGGUUAAAGAAGAGGCUUUAGAAGAGCUCAUGCAGCGCGAUCAAUUAAAUCAUGUACGAGAAGUGACUCAAGAAGCUUUUCCUUUAAUGCACGAACGUAAACCAGCCUUUCCCCCUACCUUUAAGUUCAAAGAAGGUACUUCUGAAUAUGAUUUAAAGAGAAGGCCUGCUUGGACAGAUCGUAUUUUAUAUGCCGUACAACCCAUCAAUCGUCAACCAAAUAUGCCUUUGGAAAUUGAGCAGUGCGAAUAUAAAUCACAUCCAGGUUACAAUAUUAGCGAUCAUAAACCAGUAACAAGUGAAUUUACCAUAAAACUCUAUCCCAAUUAUCGAGCUCCCUGUGUCGAGUUCAAGGAUAUCAUUGUAUGGAAGAUUGGAGAAGAAAAUACGGUGGAAUAUAAAAAACCAUUGGACUUUGAGGAACGUGACCACGACUGGAUUGGUAUCUAUCGUGUAGAUUAUACCAGUCUCAAGGAGUUUGUAGCCUAUGAGUAUGUUAAUCAGGCCGACUCACCACCCUCUUCACCUGAUGCCGUAGCAGAUCCCUUUUGGGAUGAUGGUCCCUCACGUCGUCAUGGACACUCUCAUCGCCAUAAACGAGAACGUUUAAGUAGACAGCAGCAAGCCAACGAGGAAAUAGUACGCCUUGAUUUUGCCGACGAUGUAGAACUGAAAGAUGGCGAAGAAUACCUUUUAAUAUAUUUCCAAAAUACCGGUCUACGUGGUGUUACAUCAGUGGCUGGCAUCAGUAAUGUUUUCAAGGCCGUAAAAAGAACGUCUUCUCCAAAUUUUGGCAAUGUUGAUUAACAUCGUUAUACAUAUUCUAUUGUAGGGAUCAUUGGGAUGUAGCACGAGAAGCAUUUAAAAGAGGCCUUUUUUAUCUUAUUUUAAUUUUUUUUGUUUUUAGUUUAAUUUUUUAUGUUGUUAAUAGUUUAUAUGUAUAUUUUUUUUUACUUGAAACAAUGACAAAUUUAAGGUAAAAUGUUGUAAAUGUUUACAAAAAAUAAAUUUUGUAACAUCUUUUUGUUAAUGAAAAGAACAAACACAGUUCGUUUUUCAAAUUGUAUAAUGCUUUUGUUAAGUUUAAUUAUUAUAGCUGUGUCACAAAUAGUUUAUAACAAUACUUAUGUGUUUGUGUUGUAUGUAUGUAUAUUGUCAAGUAAAAUGCAUUAGAUCGUAACUAAUAAAUAAUACAAUUUGAGAACUAGUGUUACUAGAAA